CCGCUCAGCGGGGAGUGCCAGCCGUGGUGCGCAAGCUUCUUCAUGGAGGAGAGAAUCUCCCGCCCGCUGGUCGCGAUUCAGCCAGGCGCGCCCAGCCUGGAGGUAGGGGAUAAGGCCGGCGCGGUGGAGUGGAUCGGCGGUGACUGCCAGCUCUGCAUGAACCGCAGUGCUAUGCGGCGCUUGGGCCUCGUUCAUCCUCUUUGAGGCGGCGUUGGUAUCAAGACCGGCAUGGAGAGCGACGUUCCUGUACUACCUCGGCGCUAACGCCAGCCUCACACUAGCUACAACAUGUUAUGUAAACCCUUUCAUGUCCGUUCCUGUGAAGC